AGUCUCGUGCAGCUCCUUGAGUAGAGGUAGUGGGGGAACGCUGUUUCCGAGUUACUAGUGUAAGGGGAGUAAGUUAAACACCUCUUGCUUUACGAAGUACACCCGGAAAUUCUCACAUCUAACAUCCAACUGUCUAACCAAUAUGUCAUGUUUGUCACAAUGUGUGGUUUGAAUCUAACCUAUCACAACUAUUUUGUUUAAUAAAUAUUACAGUGAUAUUUUUAUUGAUUCUAUAUCAUUAUAUAUAAAAAAUAAUGUAAUAAGUUAUUAGUUAGUUACUAUAUGAUAAUUAUUGAAUGUUAAUUUAAGUAUCAGAUUUUACUAUAUCACAACACAACUGCAGUGGUGUAUUUACAAUUAAACGUCAAACAUUAUAACACUACAAAGAUGUCUGGAAACAAAUGUCGAAAUUGUGGGUCUACAGACAUUGAAACUGAUCCAUCCAGGGGAGAUGCAGUAUGCACAGAAUGUGGUUUUGUACUGGAAGAUCAGCUUAUUGUUAGCGAAACUGCAUUUAAAGAAACACCAUCUGGAAAUAUGAUGGUACUUGGUCAAUUUGUUGCUAACGAUAGCACCGGUGGAGCUACAGGCUUUGGAGCAGCAUAUCAUGUGAGUGGAAAAGAAUCAAGGGGAAUAACUUUACAAAAUGCAAGAAAAGGAAUAACUCAUUUGUGUAUGCAAUUACGUUUGAACCAACACUGCAUCGAUACAUCUAUGAAUUUUUAUAAAAUGGCUUUAAACCGUCAUUUAACUCGAGGAAGAAAACAAGCUCACAAUCAUGCAGCUUGUGUUUAUAUUACUUGUCGUACCGAAGGCACUGCACAUAUGCUUAUUGACAUCAGCGAUGUUCUUCAAAUUUGUGUGUAUGAAUUGGGACGCACAUAUCUCCGAUUUACACAAGCUCUUUGCAUCAACAUACCUUCAGCAGAUCCAUGUCUAUACAUUAUGCGAUUUGCAAAUAAAUUGGAAUUUGGUGAUAAAACCCAUGAAGUAUCUAUGACUGCCAUACGAGUUGUUCAAAGAAUGAAGAGGGAUAGUAUUCACAGCGGACGUAAACCAUCCGGCCUGUGCGGAGCUGCUUUACUGAUGGCCGCCCGUUUACACGAGUUCAACAGGUCUCCCGCGGAUAUCAUAAAAAUUGUAAAGGUACACGAAACCACACUACGAAAAAGGCUUAUAGAAUUUGGCGAUACACCGUCAAGUGCAUUAACCCUCGAGGAGUUUAUGACGGUCGAUUUGGAAGAGGAACAAGAUCCACCAGCUUUCAAAUCUGCGCGGAAAAAGGACAGAGAACGAUUGCAGAGGUUAGAAAACAUAGAUACAGAAAUAAAUGAAUUGCAAGCUGAAAUUGAUAAACAAUUGGAGGAGCGUAAAGGUGGAAGAUCUAGAAACCGAAAAAACGUCGAGUCUAUAGAGAGGGAAGAUACAGAACGAUUUGUGCAAGAAAGCAAUUUAAAUGUAAUUAAAGAGUAUGUUGAAAAUAACGUCGACGAUCCUGAAAGCGAUAUUCGGGAUUCUGAAAUGAAUAAUGGCAAUAAUAAUGUAAUUACUGGUCUUGGUCCAAAUAUUGCUUCCAUAAUAUCGACAACUGAUAGAGAAAUGGAAGCAAGGGAUCAAGGGAAUGCAACAUUUGAAACUAAUUCUGGUGAGAUCGACAUCACUGAUUUGGAUGAUGAAGAAUUAGAUAGUUACAUUAUGUCAGAAAAGGAAGCGCAGUUUAAACAUAAUUUAUGGAAUAAAGUAAACUCUGAAUAUCUGGCUCAACAAAAAGAAAAGGAAGAAAGGCGACAGAAAGAAAAGGAAGAGGGUAAACAAGAAAAGAAAAGACGACGAACCACUAAACGUAAUAAAAGUCAGACACCAGCAAAUUCUGCAGGAGAAGCAAUAGAAAAAAUGUUACAAGAAAAGAAAAUUUCAUCCAAAAUUAAUUAUGAAGUAUUAAAAAGUUUAAAUGUUACUAUAAAUACACCUAGUAAGGAGCUACAAAAAGCUGGUGAAGAUGUUCCCCCUAAACAAGAAGUGGAUAAUCCUGCAUCUUCUAGUAAAACGUCUAGUCUUCUCAGUCCAUUAAAAUCGGAAGAUAAACUAACUGUAACAUCAACCAGAAGAUCCCGUUUAGUUAAACCACAAGUACAAAUAAUGAAAAAAGAAGAAGCAAAAACAGUAACUGAAACGCAUGAUAAAGUUAGAAUAGAAUCUGCGGCUCUAAAAGCAGACACCUGUGAUCUAGAUGAAACCGAUGAUUAUAUUGACGAAGAUGCUGAAGCUGAAGUUGAUGCUGAUCCUACAGAAAUGACAGUCGGACAAAUGCUUGAACAGCAUGGAUCCGAAGAAGAAAAUGAUUAUGGAUAUGGAUACGAUGAAGACGAUUAUUAGCUAUUUAUAAUUUUAUAAACUAUUAUUUAUUGUGAUUGUAACGAUACUAGGUCUCAGUACAGUAUAAGUACCUACUUUAUUAUGUCAUGUAUGUACUACAUUUAAUAAAUAUU